AUGCCACAGUUCCCUGAGAUUCUGUGUUGCUUUCUCCAUGGGCAGCUCUAUCCUGCCAAUGCCUGUGAUCUACAAGAAAUUCCUUUUGAUGAGUGCCCAUUUUAUGACAGUAAACUAUGCAUCUACAACUCCACAAGUUUGACUUUUUUUGCACCAAGUGACCUGAGCAGCAUCUACAGUAUGUGUCAUGAAUAUAUCCAUUCCUGCUCCAUGUGGAGAAAUGAAGGCCCUUGCUUUGAUUAUGUGUUUGUUGUAACUGACCCACAGGCAGAGGGCAUGAGGGCCUUAGAUGUCACUUGUGUCCUUUGUUUCUUUUCAUUCAGAUAUCUACAGACAGUGUACCCAUGUGCCAUCAUCCACAGGUUCAACCAUGUAGGUGAUAACCCUGAUGAAGACAUGGGGAUGUGGAUAGUCUGCCCAAGCUACCUUGCACUGUGCACACACAACAUCCAAAACCUUGCUGUGAUUCAUGUCAACAUGAUAUAUCAUGCAGCUCAUCUCAUCCCCAUUUACUCCACUCACAACAUCAAUUCUAGAGAUGUCAGACUGCAUUGUUCUUAUGAUAUGUUUCAUUCCUUCUAUGUGAAUAAGUUUGCUGAUCACCACACAUUUGAGAUUGCCUUCUAG